AUGCAGGAGCUCCACACUCUCUCUUUAUAUCUGAACCCCUUCACACAAGAUCCCGAAUAUCGCCAAUAUGUGCUGCACCAUUUGCCAUCUGUGAGGUUUUUAGAUAGAAAAGAAGUGAAGCAGGAGGAAAGGAGACAGGCAUUUAAGCUGUUCAGUGUAGAAAGACAGAGGGUGCUUGAUACUAUCGCCUUUGGUAGACGAGCACUACCACCUCCUACAGGAAGAAAAGGGACCAACUCCAUCACAAAACCAGUAGGUCCUCAUGGCUCAAGAAAGAGGUGUACAGAUCAUUCUUAUGAUCAAGAAAACCCAUCAGUGCCCAAAUCCAUCAUACAGUUCUCCAUUAUGAACUGGACCGGUACAAGCACGUCUCAGUGGAACCAUCUAGAUGACUCGAGCAAACCUGCGUCUGGUAUACUCACUGUCAAACUUAGAUGAUUUCCAGACCUCUGCCUUCAC